GAAAUAAAUGAGAAGCUCCCAAUAUGCCAAAAAUCAGGACGCUCCUAUUCUUGUUCUUUCUCUUCCUCUCAGCCGCCGUUGAGGCAAAACCAAAGCCUAAGAAAGUUAAAUGUAAAGACAAGGGAUUUCCUCAAUGUUACAAAUCUGAGCACUAUUGCCCUGCUGAUUGUCUUCGAACUUGUGUUGUUGAUUGUUCCUCUUGCAAACCUGUUUGUACUCCGCCACCCCCUCCGCCCCCAUCUCCUCCUCCGCCGCCACCAAAACCCCGCAAGCUCAAGUCUCCACCGCCUCCUCCGUACGUUUACUCGUCACCCCCGCCUCCACCCCCAUACAUUUACUCGUCACCCCCGCCACCACCCCGACAUGUUUACUCUUCCCCUCCGCCGCCCCCAUACAUUUACUCUUCCCCUCCACCGCCUCCCUUCAUUUACUCUUCUCCACCUCCACCCGCUACAACGGAGCCUCCACCUCCAAUUCCUCCAACUCCAACCCCUCCAACAUCCCUUUCUCCACCGCCAUCAUCUGAGGCGUCCGGACAGAAGAAAGUUAGGUGCAAGAACAGGAGCUUUCCACAUUGCUACGGGAUGGAGUUGACUUGUCCAACUGAUUGUCCCGGCCAAUGUGAGGUUGAUUGUGUUACUUGCAGCGCCGUUUGCAACUGUAACCGUCCCGGAGCAGUGUGCCAAGACCCAAGAUUCAUUGGAGGAGAUGGAAUCACCUUCUACUUCCAUGGAAAAAAAGACAAAGAUUUCUGCAUCGUCACCGACUCCAACCUCCACAUCAACGCCCACUUCAUCGGUAGAAGAAACGUCGACAUGAAGAGGGACUUCACUUGGGUCCAAUCCCUUGGCAUCCUCUUUGACUCCCACCAGCUCUUCAUCGGCGCUAGAAAAACCUCAACUUGGGAUGACGCCAAUGACCGCCUCUCCCUCUUGUUCAACAACCAAACCAUUGUCCUCUCAAACCAAGAGGGCGCCACCUGGAGUAAUUCAACCACGUACGAGGGGAUCACAAUAACUAGAACACGCAACACAAAUGCAGUUGAGAUCAAUGUACCUGGUAACUUCAAAAUCAAAGCCGUUGUGGUUCCUAUAACGGAAAAGGAAUCGAGGAUCCACAAGUAUGGAAUUACACAAGAGGAUUGCUUUGCCCAUUUGGAUUUGAGCUUCAAGUUCUAUGCUUUGAGUGGGAAAGUGAAUGGGGUUUUGGGGCAGACUUAUGGUAGCAACUACGUGAGCAGGGCCAAGAUGGGAGUAGCAAUGCCUGUUUUGGGGGGCGAUAAGGAGUUUGCUUCUUCAGGUCCUUUUGCUACGGAUUGUGCGGUUGCACGGUUCAAUGGGCAGUUGGAAGGAAAAGACAGUUCCUUGGAGGUUACAGCCUAUGACAAUAUGAGCUGUGGCAGUGACAUGGAAGGUGAAGGAGUUGUUUGCAAACGAUAGGUUUGAUCUCAAUUGCUGGAUUCUUCAUCAAACCAAUAAACGUUAUGCUAAUUAUAUCAUAAAAAGUAAUUAAGAAUAAAAGUGGAAACAUGAAAUGUGAAA